AUGACGACUAUCCUAACACUCUUUGGCCGUGCAUCAUCUCCAUUAUUAGAACCAACAUCAUCAACAACAACAACAACAACAACAACAACAACAACAACAACGACGACGACGACGACGACAACGACGACGACAACAACAACAACAACAACAACAACAACAACAACAACAACAACAGACUCAGGGUUUCCCGAAAACAUCUGCCCAACAAUCAGCACACCUGUGGCGUCCUUGUAUGAUUCUAGCUAUGGUAAAGGCCUUCAAUUUACCAUUGACGGCGGCGCGCCUGUUGGUACGGAGAUCAAGUGCGCCGGUUAUUCCGAUGAACCCGACAACCAAUACGACAACAUCCUCGACAAUGCAACGGCGUUUUGGUCCUUAUCGACGGGGACCGACCGCUACCGCUACUUUGUACGCUUGCAAGACGCGACCGGCGCGACGCAGACUCUCCAAGAAGCUGGAAUCAACGGCACAUUUACCCACGGCUGCAGUGCCCGACUGAAGAACUCUGGUGCAGACUGCCCUGUCGUGCUGUCUGAUCCAACGUCUACCAACCCCACGUGCUUCCCUGGUUGGGCCGAGGUGAUUCUGGAGAGCGGCGAGCGCGUGCAGCUGCGGAACUUGAAGACUGGCGACCGCGUGCUGUGCCUGCAGGCAUCGGCCGGCAACGCCCUUGGCUACUGCGAGCUCAAGACCUUCCAGCACGUGGAGCUGAACGGUACCACCACAUCUGUCGAGCUGCACUACACGGACAAUGACGGCAACCCUGCGCUGAUGUCGGCCACACCCGACCACUUUGUGUUCCGCGCAGACGAGGACGUGCACAUUGCUGAUGGCGUGACGGUGCAGCCAGCAGGCGAGUUCAUCUUCACUGGCGACUUUGCUGUUGGCGACCGCCUGCUGCGCUACGAUGCCGACCUCGGUGUCGUGUACACAGUCACCAUCACCAGCAUCACCUCCACCAUCGAGCCAGACUACUACACGCCGCUGACGGACGAUGGCUCCACACUCUUUGUUGAGGACGUGUUUGCGUCCUCUUUUGCACUUCUGGAGAGCCCCGAUGUCAUCCGCCUGGUCCUGGCGCCCAUCUGGCAGAACGACGACGCACGCUUCACAGAGCCGACGGCAGGCAAGGACUUCCCCGAGGGCCUGCACCCGUUCACGACGCAGCUGUACUCCAUCUUCCUCGCGGCAGAGAUGAACGGCCAGACGAUUGAUGUUGAGGGGAUGGCCACCGCCAUCGCCCAGCAGCUCGCCGUCGGCCACGUCUUCACCCAGGAGGAGAUGCUCCAGCUCGUGCCAAACUACAUCAGCUGAGGGUGUACGCAUGUGUUCGUUUGCUCAAUUGCUUACUUUGUGUGUAUGUGGUGUGUGUGUGUGUGUGUGUGUGUGUGUGUGUGUGUGUGUGUCUGUGGUCACCUUCCCUCUUGUGCAACAGUCGUACCGUGUGUGAUAUUCUUUCACAGGAACUUGCCAUCACAAAACACGCGCGACAGUCACUCACCCUCACAACUACAUGCAGCACUCACCCACGUUGUCCCAGCGAAAUGACCAUAAACCAAGCUGAAAUGUCAAUAGUAUACGUUCAGUAACACGC